AUGUACUGCCACCUCACCACCGGUGGCACCCGUCACAUGUACUGCCACCACACCACAGGUGGCACCCGUCACAUGUACUGCCACCACACCACCGGUGACACCCGUCACAUGUACUGCCACCACACCACCGGUGACACCCGUCACAUGUACUGCUACCACACUACCGGUGACACCCGUCACAUGUACUGCCCCACCGGUGACACCCGUCACAUGUACUGCCACCACACCACCGGUGGCACCCGUCACAUCUACUGCCCCACCGGUGACACCCGUCACAUGUACUGCCCCACCGGUGAAACCCGUCACAUGUACUGCCACCUCACCACCGGUGGCACCCGUCACAUGUACUGCCACCACACCACAGGUGGCACCCGUCACAUGUACUGCCACCACACCACCGGUGACACCCGUCACAUGUACUGCUACCACACUACCGGUGACACCCGUCACAUGUACUGCUACCACACUACCGGUGACACCCGUCACAUGUACUGCCCCACCGGUGGCACUCGUCACAUGUACUGCCCCACCGGUGACACCCGUCACAUGUACUGCCACCACACCACCGGUGGCACCCGUCACAUGUACUGCCCCACCGGUGGCACUCGUCACAUGUACUGCCCCACCGGUGGCACCCGUCACAUGUACUGCCACCUCACCACCGGUGGCACCCGUCACAUGUACUGCCACCACACCACCGGUGGCACCCGUCACAUGUACUGCCACCACACCACCGGUGGCACCCGUCACAUGUACUGCCACCACACCACCGGUGACACCCGUCACAUGUACUGCUACCACACUACCGGUGACACCCGUCACAUGUACUGCCCCACCGGUGGCACUCGUCACAUGUACUGCCCCACCGGUGACACCCGUCACAUGUACUGCCACCACACCACCGGUGGCACCCGUCACAUGUACUGCCCCACCGGUGGCACUCGUCACAUGUACUGCCACCACACCACCGGUGACACCCGUCACAUGUACUGCCACCACACCACCGGUGGCACCCGUCACAUGUACUGCCACCACACCACCGGUGACACCCGUCACAUGUACUGCUACCACACUACCGGUGACACCCGUCACAUGUACUGCCUACACACCACCGGUGGCACUCGUCACAUGUACUGCCACCACAGGUGA